GUUGGGAACUUGACAUACCCUAGCCAAAUCUCCGAUUCUGAUUGCCAUCUUCAAUUCAAUGGACCCUCCAGACCCGAUCCAUGAGGACGACCGCGACGUCGUAUUCUUCGACGCCCUCGAUGAGUGGCCCUCGGGCCAGGACUCGCCGGAAUCAUCUACUUCCGUCUCCGCUUCCGCUAUCUCUGACCCCCAAUCCAUUUCGGACGAUUCUCGACAUUGGCAACCUUCUUUGGCGGACAAAAUACGACGCCGUCCAAGUCGCCGGGGGUCAUUUGGUCGGAGAAAUUCUUCCAUCGGCUGCGAGAGCGAUGCGAUCAAUAAGGCCAGGUUGAGCUUCAUUAAGCAGCAAAGUUUUAAAAAUCCUGCAAAUUUGGAUGAAACUGUGAAUGAGAGUGUGGUUGAGAAGUGCGAUCCAAUCCAAGAACAAGCCGAGUCCUCUACAGCUACAAAUGAGCCGAGGGAAGAGAAGGAUAAAGAAUCAACCCUAACAGCUGCUCCUGAAAAUGAUGAUACAGUUAAUGCUACAGCUGGCUCAGGUGCAGAAGCGGGCAUCUCGUCACCGAAUUGUUGUCCAGUCGGUGAUGACACUGCCUUGGGGGCGGAAGCGAGCAUAUCGUCACCGGUUUGUCAUGCAGUUGAUGAUACAGAUGAGUCGGACGAUGAAGCGGGUAUCUCGUCACCGAAUUUUCUCGAAUUUUUAGCAGGAUUAGUGAUUAAGGCUGUUGGGUUUCAAAUCCAUUUGUUCGUUAUGUUUACAACUUAUCCUUUGUUGUUUCUAUAUCAUUCUUGUAUGCUUUUUAUCAAUCCAUUCCGAACAAUAAGAAUGGCCAAGGGACUUUUAAUGAGGAUUUUGACCAGAGCGUCGGAUGGUUUUAGGGGUUGGGUUGCUCCACCAAUUCAUGGAGUUAUUGGGAAUGGCAAGCCAAUUGGGAACCUUGCCUUACGGUAUGGGUGGGGCCUCUUGUGGUCAAUCUAUGUUUGUAUCGUUUUGGUCAGUCUGCUGGUUUCAUCUCUUGUAACUAGUGGGUUUAUGAUGAAGUUCUUUUUGGAGAAGCCAAUUCAUAAGAAAGAAAUUUUGAAUUUCGACUAUACAAAGCAGACUCCUGUUGCUUAUGUGCCAUUAAUGUCAUGCACCGGCAUUGGCAGUGGUGUAGACUCUGAGAAUAACGUUGAAGCUGGUAACCGGAUGGAGGCACGAGUUAUACCUCCUAGACACAAAGUACAGGUCACUGUUUCAUUAGUAGUGCCAGAGUCUGAAUACAACAGAAAUCUUGGGAUAUUCCAGGUGAGGGUAGAUUUUCUAUCUUUGAAUGGGAAAACCAUUUCUAGCUCAAGCCAGCCAGCCAUGUUAAGAUUCAAAAGUGAGCCUGUCCGCCUAGUGUUGACUUUUCUCAAGAUGGCUCCUGUUCUUACUGGGCGCAUAUCAGAAACUCAGAGUCUGAAUGUGAAGAUAAGAGGUUUCAUUGAAAAGAAUGAUUUGCCUACUUCUUGCUUAAAAGUGACUCUGGAGCAUCGAGCAGAAUAUCGACCUGGUGCCGGCAUUCCUGAACUAUAUGAUGCAUAUCUAAUUCUGGAGUCAGAACUUCCCUUUCUGAAGAGGAUUAUGUGGCAGUGGAAGAUGAGCAUAUUCAUAUGGAUCACAAUGGUAGCAUUCAUUUUUGAGGUAGUCUUGCUUUUAUUGUGCUGUAGGCCUAUAAUUUUUCCCAGAAUAAGACGAAGGGGUGGUUCUCCUCCUAGAACAACUGCCCAAAACAAUCCUCCGGCAGGAAGUGGAUAGGUUAUGUAUAAUAAAUUCUAGUGUACAUACAUGACAAGUUUCAAUAUGAUCUAUCCACGAGUCGCACGUUCAAAUCAAAUCUAGACAUAUGCAUGUAUGUACACCACACCACACAAGAAUUUUUUGGUCAUGUAAUGUAUAAAUGUCAGAAAUGGAACCUUCUUUUCAUUCUUUAAUGUCGUGUAGAAACUAUUAUGGAAUUUUUAACUUAUGCGGUCAUGUGCUAAUAAAGCUGUUUAGACAUAAAAAUUGAUCAAUUA